AUGAAACGCAAAUUAAAUGAGUCGGUCAUCGCCACUAAAAAGAUUACCAAUGGCUCCACUGUGGGCCAAUUGGUCCAAUCAACCUUCACAUCAAGUUCUAUAACGUGCAAAGUGUGCGCUAUGACAUACACACAACUCCCCAAGGAUCGUGACUUGCAUAAAAGACACCAUCACCUGUUUAUCAAUGGGGUGUCAUGGCCACGUUCUCAAGACGCUCCAGUGAUGAAAACAACCGUUCGCAAAAUCGAUUCCUCAACUUCAUACCAAGUGGAGAUCUAUACUGUUGAUAAGUCAUCAACUGUGCAGAUACGACGGGUCGAGGAACUUUUAAAAAUGGUCAAUUCCGAACUAAAUGCUCCUCAAGACUCACAAGAGUGGAAAUCAAACAAUCCCGCCGUAGCGGUCCCGGCACGAGCAUUUGUAGCUGUAGUUAAUGGACGUGCUGUAGCGGUAUGUACCACUGAUUCUAUCCAUGACACAGACUUACAAUGUAGAUGGAUGGUGUACAAGAGUCAAAAGAUUGUACCAGGACAAGUAAACCGAGCCAUACGAUUAGGAAUUUCCAGAAUAUGGACUGCGUCCAACUACCGACGCCUCGGGAUAGCUGAUAAACUUCUCCAAUGUGUUCUUGAACAUUCUGUAUUUGGAGUGACUCUCGCCAAGAGUGAGCUUGGAUUCAGUCAACCUAGCUUUGCUGGUGGGCUUUUAGCGAAGCAUUUCAAUGGUGUGAUCCACAAGUCUGGUGAGACUUUGAUCCCAGUGUAUAUAGAAGAUUAG